AGAACAAUAAUUGUGCAUUGUCAUCACACCUUUUUAUUUUUGUCAUUUUUCUUCUCCAUAUAUUGGCCUGUGAAGAUCAUAAGCUUGCCUUCUUCAAGCUGUAAUUCAUCAACAAAUUUUUAUUUUAUUUCCAAAUUAAAGCUCAUGAGUCUAUAUCCUACUAAAGGUAUCCUCCAGACAGAUGCUCUUAAAGAGUAUAUCUAUAAAACUAGCGCGUAUCCUAGAGAACAUGAGGAACUCAAGAAUUUACGAGAAGCUACUGUCAACAAGUUUGGAGAUAGGAGCGUAGCAGCUGUGCCAGUUGAUGAAGGGUUAUUUCUGACAAUGCUUAUGAAGAUAAUGAAUCCGAAAAAGACAUUGGAGAUUGGUGUUUUUACCGGCUAUUCUCUGCUAGCAACCGCACUUGGUUUGGCCGAUGACGCUCAGGUAACGGCAAUAGAUAUAAAUCAAGAAGCUUAUGAAGUUGGAUUACCAUUCAUUCGAAAGGCCGGAGUAGAGCACAAAAUUAAUUUCAUCAACUCGGAUGCCAGAUCUGUUCUAACCGAAAUGUUGGACACCAACAAAGGUGCGGAAAAUAUUGAUUUUGCAUUUGUAGAUGCUGAGAAACACAAGUACAAGGAAUACCAUGAACAAUUGAUGAAGCUGGUUAAGGUUGGAGGAAUAAUAGCAUAUGAUAAUACCUUAUGGUUUGGGCUUGUUGCUCAGCAAGAAAGCAAUGUGGCAGAACAUCUCAGAAUCAAUAGAAAUGCCAUACUGGAACUGAAUGAAUUUCUGGCUAACGAUUCUCGCAUUGAGAUUUCACAAGUUUCCAUCGGGGAUGGGCUCACUUUAUGCCGACGUCUUUAAAAGAAUUUUAAUCACCUAUGAUCUCUAGCAAACUUGUUACUACUAGAUGUGGUGUUUGUUUCCUUUUUUUUCCUUCCAUAAAAUGAAAUAAGAGCUUCUUUAUUAGAGCA